AUGUAUGCUGAUGAUACUGCCUUCAUUGCCCAUAGCUACAGUGAUGCCCAGGACAUAAUAUCUCAUUUUGCCAAAGCUGCCAAGGAGUUUGUGCUGAAGAUCAACAUCAAAAAGACUGAGCCUGUUGGGUUCAUUCCAGCAUUCAGGAGCCACGUGAUGAGCGUCUGCAAUCAUCCUGCACUCCACACCACAUCACACAACACACCACCCACUGCAGCCAUCAGCUUCCACAACAACGCAAUCUCAGCCAAACUCAUCUGCCUGAGACACAUGAGAGGACCCAGUCUCUCAACUGUCACUGCUUUAGAGCAUGUUUCUUCACCCAGGCUUGAGGGAACGUUCAUGUAUCCUGAACCUGAGUGUGUAGGAGGUGGAAUCUGCUGUGGUGUGGCGGUGGAGACGGAGAUGGGCUUGAGGUUUAUAUCCACCUGCAGCGCGAUUCAGUGCGCCGGGAACCCUGGGAACCCCGGACACGGUCAUGCGCGCGCGGAUCUCUUGUGCAGCUUUCGUGAGAAGAGUCUCAGCUUAAACAUGACCGACUCGGUGCUGAGCGCGCACGCGAACGCGUCGGCGGUGUUCCUGAGCCAUCCGACGGCGACCCCGACGCCGCGCGCUUUGCGCCUGGACUCCCGUUCGCUGGUCAUCUCAGCCACCAUGUUCGCAGUCGGGGUGCUCGGGAACCUGGUGGCCGUGGCGGUGCUGUGCGUGUCCAAGAGGGAGCAAAAGGAGACGACGUUCUACACGCUGGUGUGCGGCAUGGCGGUGACGGACCUCCUGGGGACGUGCUUCACCAGUCCUGUGGUGAUCGCGACGUACGUGGCGGAUCGGUGGCCCGGUGGCGCGCCGCUCUGCCACUUCUUCUCCUUCUCCAUGCUGUUCUUCGGCUCGGCCGGGAUGUCCAUCUUGUGCGCCAUGGCCGUGGAGCGCUACCUCGCCAUCAACCACGCGUUCUUCUACUCGCAGCACGUGGACCGGACGGUGGCGCGGCUCGCCCUGCUCGCGGUCUACGUGGUGAACGGGGUGCUGUGCUCGAUGCCCAGUUUCGGCUUCGGGCGUCACGCCAGGCACUUCCCGGGGACGUGGUGCUUCUUGGACUGGCGCGCCUUGGACGCGCGGGGAGCCGCGUACUCGUUCCUGUACGGCGGCUUCGUGCUGCUGCUGAUCGCCGUCACGGUGCUGUGUAACUGCGCCGUGUGCCGCUCUCUGGUCGGGAUGAGCAAGAAGACGCGCGUCGUCGCCGCAGCAGCCAGAACCGAGGCGCACGCGGCACAACCGGGAUCCAGACGCGCCUUCCGCAAACUGCCCGCCGUCGCCUCGGCGGCCGAGAUCCAGAUGUUCUGGCUUUUGAUUUUCAUGACCAUCGUGUUCCUGAUCUGCUCCAUCCCUCUGGUGGUUCGCAUCUUUGUCAAUCAGCUCUACGGCCCUUCGUAUAUCGCUGCAGGAGUGCAGCCAGAUUACCCCAGCGAUCUUCUUGCCAUCCGGUUUGCAUCCUUCAAUCCAAUCCUGGACCCGUGGGUGUACAUCCUGUGCAGGAAGAACUUGUUUAGCAAAUGCUGCAAGUGGAUCAAACGCACCAUGGACCUGAGCAGAGAAAGUCCUGCACGUAAAUCCGGCUGGGUCCUCGGCCAAAACUCGCCUCCGUCACUGGAGCACAGCAACGCCACCAGUUACGCCUCACUGCAUCCAACCUCGUGUAGAAAUGCCGUAGGAAAACUGAGCACCAUAAAUGCAAAAUCGUACGUCAACUUGAGCGUGCGGCAGGCCUGGGACUUGGACACAGCGGUGGACGACUUUCAUCCAUUCAGUGUCCAUCAGAGCCCGGUUCUGGGCUCGGAAAGCGAAACAGCAUCCGGAUGUGAAAUGACUGUAAAGAUGCCGGGUUGCAUCCAGGAAACGCCGGUGUCCUGCUCAAAAGUAUAUGAACAUAAAGCUGUGAUUGUCACGUGUACCUUCAGCACACCGAGUUCCUGUCUGUCCGAGGAGCGCUGA